CGUUCCGCAUCCUUGUCCCAAAUCGAUUACAACUCAGAAUCAGAUCGAUUAUGUCGGGCCGCGGGAAGGGAGGCAAAGGGUUGGGAAAGGGCGGCGCCAAGCGCCACCGCAAGGUCCUCCGCGAUAACAUCCAGGGCAUCACCAAGCCGGCCAUCCGCCGCCUGGCGAGGAGGGGUGGCGUCAAGCGCAUCUCCGGCCUCAUCUACGAGGAGACCCGCGGUGUCCUUAAGAUUUUUCUCGAGAACGUCAUCCGUGACGCCGUCACCUAUACUGAGCAUGCCCGCCGCAAAACUGUCACUGCCAUGGAUGUCGUCUACGCCCUCAAGCGCCAAGGCCGCACUCUCUACGGCUUCGGCGGCUAAACGUCAAUAUGGCACAAAGGUUCAUGAUGCAGAUGCACCCCUACACCCCUACUGCGUUCAAGCGGCGACCAUAGGGUUACGAAUUGGAGGUGGCAAUGUAUUUUCUUUUCUUUUAUUUUUUUGGUAAUGCAUGUAUCAGUUCAUCGUAUUAAUCGGGGAUGUGAUUGAUCCGGUCUCAAAAUAAAGUUUCUUAUGGACUAUUAUGUAAACUGCAGAUGAGUUUAAGUGGAUAUUUUAUGUGUGGGGUUCACAUUCUCAUUGCUUAA